AUGAGUACAGCACCGGCAAAUAAGUUCAUGUCAAAAGCAUAUAUUGAUGGAAUCUAUAUUCCAUCUGGUCUUUUAAUAUUUGGAUGCUUAAUUGUCAAAAAAGAUUGGCUUCCUUUUGCCGUUGCUCUUGCUGCUCUUCUUGGGGGAUAUAAGAUUUGGGCAAGUCAAGAAAUUCCAGUUCUCAAGCCAACUGUCUUUCAAGAUUUCGAACUCAAGGAGAAGACUAUCAUUUCACACAAUGUAGCAAUCUACCGAUUCAGUCUGCCAAAGCCUACCUCCAUUCUCGGUCUUCCUAUCGGUCAACACAUCUCCAUCUCCGCCGUCCUUCCUCAACCCGAAGGGGGAAACAAGGAAAUCGUUCGAUCCUACACGCCCGUCUCUGGCGAUCACCAACCCGGAUACUUCGACCUUCUCAUUAAGUCCUACCCUACCGGAAACAUUUCCAAAUAUAUGGCUUCGCUCACUGUUGGUCAAACUAUUAAAGUUCGUGGCCCAAAGGGUGCAAUGGUAUAUACUCCCAAUAUGGUUCGUCAUUUUGGUAUGAUUGCUGGUGGAACUGGUAUCACGCCCAUGUUACAGAUUAUCCGCGCGGUUAUUAGAGGUAGAGCAACUGGAGAUAAGACUGAAAUCGAUUUAAUUUUCGCAAAUGUUAACCCUGAGGAUAUCUUAUUGAAAGAUGAUUUGGAUGGUUUGGCCGCUCAGGACAAGGGAUUCCGAGUUCACUACGUUUUGAACAAUCCACCAGAGAAAUGGGAUGGAGGCGUUGGCUUUGUCACUCCUGAAAUGAUUACCAAUUGGCUUCCUAAGCCAGCGGACGAUGUUAAGCUUUUGCUCUGCGGACCACCACCUAUGAUCAGUGCCAUGAAGAAAGCCUCUGAAGGAUUGGGCUUCAAAAAGGCAAAGCCAGUCAGCAAACUGGAAGAUCAAGUCUUUGCUUUUUAA